AUGCUUAAACUUCAGUGGAAUGUGCUAUUGUGUUGUUUACUGGGGUUAAUACCCUUGAUAGCUGCUUUUACUCCAGAUGAAGUCCAGAUCUUUCAACUACAACAAGAAAUCGAAAAAACGUACGGCGCGGAUUUAGACCUCUACCAGCUACUGAAGCUUCCAAAACUAAGAGAAUCAUCGUCGCUGGAGAUUCGUAAGAACUUUAGAAAGCUGUCUAAAACUUAUCAUCCAGACAAAAAUAAAAAGUACAAGAAGCUGUAUGAGAGGUUGAACUUGGCGACCAAAAUUUUAAUUGAUGAAUCUCAACGGAAAGUAUACGACUACUACUUGAAAAACGGGUUCCCAAAGUACGAUUUUAAGAAAGGCGGGUUUUAUUUUACCAGGGUUCAACCUAAGGUAUGGGUGAUAUCCUCCCUUGUCUACUUGGCCUGUGGGUUCAUUCAUUUCAUUAUCUUAAGGCUUCAAAACGAUGGAAAUAAAGCUCGGAUUGAGCGCUUUUUGAGGGAAGUAAAAACGCAGGACGACACCAAUGGUUUGGGUGAAAAGCGACUGCUAUUGAAACAAAAUCCAAAGGAAGAGGGAAAACAGUUGGUUGUUAAACUGGGAGAAGUCUUCGUAGUUCAACCCGACGGUUCUGAAGCCUUAAUAUCUACACAAGAUAUCAAAAAUCCUGGUAUAGCUGAUUGUCUGCUCGUGACCUUGCCGUUAUGGGUCUGGAAUAAGUCUAUUGGUCGCAUGGUCAGCAAACCCAAGCCAUCUGGAGAUAAAGGGGUUAGUGAAGAGCCUAAGCAUUCGUCUUCCGAAACCAAAAAGAACAAGUCUUCUCGAGCGAGUAGAGGCAGCGAUAAAAUGGAACUGCCUAAUGGAAAAAUUGUGCAGUCCAGGAAGAAAAAACAGUAG